GGCGAGAAUAGAUGUUUACACGAAACCAGAAAGAGCAAGAAAGUGAGAAACCAUUGAUUUGUGCAUCCUGACUAAAGGAGUGUUUCCACUAAUUUGCGGUGCCUUGGUAACAAAGCGUUCAUAAUCUUGUAGUCGAAGACUAAUUUAUUUAUAGAACUUUGCGUGUACAGAAAGAAGAUCCAAAAGAAGGAAUAAUGUGAUAAACAGCAGCCGAAUUACAAAUUCCCAAGUGUACCUUCACCAGCAAACAGAAACCCCAAUUCCAGCCUACCUUCACACUUUUUUUUUCCUCUUUCCUCAGGGUUUUUCUUCCUAUAAAAUAAUUUGGAGUGGUCUUUGGUACUGUUUGAUCAGUCUGAAGAAAAAAGCAAUGGCGAAAUUAAUUGUUUCAGCAGUUCUGGAGAAGUUGGGUUCCCUGAUAAUGAUACCCGAUGAGAUAAAACACAAAGUUGGGGUGGCUCUGGGUCUUGAAGAAGAAAUCCGAAAAAUGACCGCCAAUUUUCAGGAUAUUCAAUCGCUUCUUCAAGAUGCAGAAGCAAAACAGGAACGACGAGUAGGCUAAUGAUCUUAUCUUUGCCUUCAACAGCUAAAGGAUGCCAAUGUGAGCAAUCGGUGAAAGAAACUCAAAGAUGUUGCCUAUGACGUUGAUGAUGUGUUGGAUGAGUGGAAUACUGCAAAACUCCAAUCACAACUGGAGAAAGAACAAAAAGAAGUUGAAGAUUUUCCCUUGCUUAAGAAGAUACGCUACUCUCUCUCUUUUUUACCUCUCGAAGUUUUCUAUACUAUAAUGUUGCUUCAAAGAUAAAAGACUUGAAUAAACAACUUGAGUGUAUAAAUACUGACAAAGAUAGGUAUAAAUUUGGGUUAGAGAAGGUAGUUGAAGAACCCGAAAGGCAAAUAACUUCCUCUUUCAUAGAUGAAGAAGAAGUUUAUGGUAGGUGUCAGGAGAAAACGAUUCUAGUGAACAUGUUGGUGGGAGAGAAUAGUAAUGGAGGAGGUUCGAGCUUGCAAAUCAUCUCUCUAGUAGGGAUGGGAGGAAUCGGAAAAACGACACUUGCUCAACUGGUUUACAAUCACAACGAGGUUGAAUGUUAUUUUGACAAGAGACUAUGGAUUUGUGUCUCAGAUCCUUUUGAUGAGAUAAGAAUUGCCAAAGAGAUCCAUGAAGCAUUUAAAGGCGAAGCUUUGAAUUUAGUUGGAAAGGAUUACAUGUUGCAGCAAAUUCGUAGUCAUGUUUUGGGGAAGAAAAUACUCCUUGAGUUGGAUGAUGUGUGGACUGAAGAUGCUACAAAAUGGGAGCAACUGAAAAUUUCCCUCAAGUAUUGCUCUCAUGGGAGCAGAGUAUUGAUAACCACUCGUAAGGAAAAAUUUGCCAUAAUUAUGGGAACAGCGACGGCAAACGUAUUUUCAUUACAUACCUCGUCUCAAGAGCAAUGUUGGUCAUUACUUAGUCACAGAGCAUUCUAUGGGAGGACAAGAGAUGAGUGUGAAAAUUUAGCAGAUAUUGGCAGGAAAAUUGCAGAAAAGUGUCAGGGCUUGCCACUUGCUGCAAAGAUUCUAGGUGGUCUGCUCCGGUUCAAAAGAACUAGAGAACAAUGACAAAGUAUCUUGAAUAGCGAAAUAUGGAGCCUUGAAGAGGCUGAACGAGAUCUUUUCCCUCCCUUAUUUUUGGGUUAUUACGAGUUACCUUGGGCUCUUAAGCAGUGCAUGUCAUAUUGUUCUGUUUUUCCGAAAGAUAAGAUCUUAAACAAAGAUGAAUUGAUCAAGUUGAGGAUGGCAAAAGAUUACCUGAAGGGAGUGCAAUGCGAAGAGAUGGAUAUUGUUGGUGGGGAAUAUUUUGAUGAGCUAAUGAUGUGUUCUUUUUUUCAGGAUUUUAAAAGGUCUGAACUUCACAGUGGUAUUACGGAAUUCAAAAUGCAUGAUAUAGUACAUGAUUUUGCUCAACUUUUAAUGGAAGCCGAAUGUUUGAUGCUACGAAAUGAUGGUUUUGAAGAGCAGAGAGUAUACUUUUUUGAAAAGGCUCGCCACGUAACAUUGAUCCGUAAAGAAGCUGUACCAAUAGUCCCUAAUAUUUACCAUUUAAAAAAGUUGCGUGGCCUCCUUAUUGACUCAAGCAAUCAUGAUACUUCAUCACUAAGCACAUCACUGCCCAUGUUGUUUGAUUAAUUGACUUGCCUAAGAACAUUAGAUUUGAGUAACAGUUUGUUUGGAAAUUCAAUUGAAGAACUUCCUGAUCAAACAGGAAAUUUGGGUCAUUUUAGAUACCUUA